UUCGCAAAACUUUGUACUUUGGAAAGGCAGGGAUUUGCGAUGUAGGAGAAAGUGGCACUUUUUAUUUUGGCGACCCGUAGAAGUAUCCCAGACAGAAACUAAUAAUAAUUUGUAAGUUGUUUGUAAUCGCAGGUAAACCGUUUCCAUUUCUAGUUUUAUUUUAUCGUGAUUGCAUGCAUUUUGCCGAGAUUUACUUUUAAACUAACCAAGAGGAGUGAAGCCUGCUUCGGAUUGGAACCGUGCCGUGCACGUAUCGACAUAGCUAGUUAUCUGGCCAGAUUUUUUGGAACCUGGUCACUUUCAUAAGCGUACGAGAAACUAUAAAUUCUUCUUUUCACAUGAUUGAACUGGUUUAACAACACGAAAAGCGAAGGAAAUCGAAACAAUUUCCGACGACUUUUCGGUAACCCUGCGGUGUCUAUAUGAUUGCUAUCAACACUUUAACACUUGGGCUUUCCAAACAUUUGGAUUGAUUUUGAUUUUUUCCGGAGCCUGAGUUAUUUUAAUUCCUUUCGGAACCAUGGAUCCCAGCCAGCAUAAUCCCCCUGCCGGUCACCAAAUCGUCCACGUCCGGGGCGAUUCUGAGACUGAUUUGGAAGCUCUUUUCAACGCUGUGAUGAACCCAAAAAAUGCCAACGUGCCCCCCACGGUACCAAUGAGGAUGAGGAAGCUACCAGACUCCUUCUUCAAACAGCCAGAACCAAAGUCGCACUCCAGACAAGCCAGCACAGACGCUAGCACCGCAGGCGCUCUCACCCCACAGCAUGUGCGGGCGCACUCCUCGCCCGCCUCCCUCCAGUUGGGAACAUUAUCGCCCGGAUCCCUGGGGGCUGGCAUGGCACCUGCGGGGCCGCCCCCACAGCACCUCCGCCAGUCCUCCUACGAGAUCCCGGAUGACAUACCUCUCCCACCUGGGUGGGAGAUGGCCAAGACGUCCUCCGGACAGAGAUACUUUCUCAACCACCUGGAGCAGACAACCACAUGGCAGGACCCACGCAAGGCCAUGAUGCAGAUGAACCAGACCACCCCUUCCAGCCCUGCACCCAUGCAGCAGAACAUCAUGACCCCGGCCUCUGGGCCUCUUCCUGACGGCUGGGAGCAAGCCGUCACUGCGGAGGGCGAGAUCUACUACAUCAACCACAAGAACAAGACCACGUCCUGGCUGGACCCGCGGCUUGACCCACGAUUUGCCCUCAACCAGCAGCGGAUCAGCCAGAGUGCCCCGGUGAAGCAGACCCCGCCCCUGCCCUCCAGCCCGCAGGGCAGAGUGAGCCAGAUGAGGCUGCAGCAGCUGCAGAUGGAGAAGGAGCGGCUCCGACUGAAGCACCAGGAUCUGCUCCGGCAGGUGAGACCUCAGGAAUUGGCUCUGAGGAACCAGUUACCCACCAGCAUGGAGCAGGACGGGGGCACCCAGAACCCGGUCUCCUCGCCGGGCAUGUCCCAGGAUGUCAGGACCAUGACCACCAACAGCUCCGACCCAUUCCUCAACAGUGCCAGCGGAAACUUCCACUCCAGGGAUGAGAGCACGGACAGCGGCCUGAGCAUGAGCAGCUACAGCGUCCCACGCACUCCCGACGACUUCCUCAAUAGCGUGGAUGAGAUGGACACAGGUGACUCCGUAGGCCCCGCCCCCAUGGCCACCCAGCCCAGCCGUUUCCCGGACUACCUGGACACCAUCCCAGGCACCCAUGUGGACCUAGGGACACUGGAGGGUGAGAGCAUGGCGGUGGAGGGCGAAGAGCUGAUGCCCAGCCUGCAGGAGGCGCUGAGCUCCGACAUACUCAAUGACAUGGAGUCUGUGCUGGCGGCCACCAAGAUCGACAAGGAGAGCUUCCUCACGUGGUUAUAGGUGGGGCCAGCCCUCCCCUCCCUCCCCGUGUUACCCCAGACCGCUGCCAAGUCACGCCUCUGAAGGAUAUGAAGAGGCCUUUUCUACUCCUGACGUUAAAGGUUGCUUUUUCAGAACUCGUUGGUUUCUCCUCCUUGCAGGAGAACUGGAGGCACCAGUGCUCUCAGCCCUUUGCCGCUUGUCUUUUUGCUCUCUGCUACAUAGUCAAGACUGACCCAUGAACAAAAUAUCCCCAGAGAGAUGCCACUUCAGUGUCUGUCACCUCUGGUUCCUUUGCGUGGCAGGCACAGCUGCUUCCCUGUUGCCUCAGUCGAAGUGUGUG